AGACAAAACCGCAUACGUAUCUUUAGCCUACUACCAUUGAAAAAACAAAAGAGAAUCUUACGUUUUUAUUUCUUCUUGUGAUCUAAACAAACAAUAGCUUUGUCUUCAGGCAAAGCAAAGACUCUUUGAGAAGAUGGUUCAGAGGAAGACUUGUCAAGCAACCGAGUCUUAUAACAAUCUCCAGCCUGAAACUCGGUUUGGUCAAGAACAUCUCAAGAGCCUUGGACCUGAGAUGAUGACCAUGAAGAAGCGAACCAAACCUAAGAGGAAGGUUAUAGACAGUCCUGCUUCUCAAUCAGGUACGCCACAGUCAACACCGAAGAAACACGAUCUCGUUGUUGCUAAAGGGACAGGUAUGUCUCCUAACUACAUGAAAGGAACCUCUAGCUCUGAGGCAAGGAAGUUGAACAAGAGUAGACUUAAUAAUCUUACAAGGAUUCAGAAGAACCAAAUCGGUUCAAAACAUGAUUCUCGUCAUGGAGUUAACAACAAGCCGAGUUCGAGGAUGGUUAGGGGUUUGACAAAGGCUCCGAGUUUCAAGAGAUGCUCACAGAGAGCUACUUGUUCUUCGACUUUGAAAGACUCCAAGUUUCCAGACUAUCUGAUGCUUCAUGAUGAUGAAGCGGUUAGUGGAACCUCUGUUUUGAAAGUCUGUCCUUACACGUACUGUUCACUCAACGGACAUCUCCACAAGCAGUAUCCUCCUCUGAAAAGCUUUAUAUCGUCGAGGAGAAGGAGCUUGAAGUCUCAGAAGAAAGCUUGUAAGGAAGAUGUUGUGGAGAUGUAUGUAGAGGAGAAGAAAGAGUAUGAGGUUGAGGUUGGUACUCAAAUCUCAGAAGCCCUCUCUGAAGGAGCACCUCGUUCUGAAACCGAUUCUGAUGAUUACUUUGAUACUAAAGAGAUGGUGAAGUUGUCAGAAUCUGAUAUGGAGGAGACUUUUGUAGCUGAAUCUGUGAAAGAGAUGCAAGAGACUUAUGAGGCUGAUGAUUACUACUCUGAAAAGGCAGAGAUGGUGAAGACUUCAGAAGCUGAAUCAGGACAGUCUGAUUUGGAGGAGAGUCUAGUUAAUGACUCGGUGAAAGACACUUUUAGUGAGGUCAAUGAUGAAUCUGAUAGUGAAGAGAUGGUGAGGUUUUUAGAAGGUGAUCAUGACUUGGAGGAGACUCUAUUAGAUGAAUCAGUGAAAGAGAUCCAAGAGAACUCAGAAGUUAUUGAUGCUGGUGAAGAGACACUAAAGGAUAAUAAAGCUGAAGAUCACAAAGCGGAGCUUCAAGACCAAACUGAAGAAACCACAAAGGUUCCAUAUAAGCGUAAACAAAAGCCAUGCAACCAAGAAGAGUCAGACGCCACCAUUUCUUGGACCAUCACCAAAGGCAAGAAGCCUGUGGCAGAGACAGAGGAUUUGAAGGAUUUCAACCCAAGAGAACCCAAUUACCUUCCACUUGUCCCAGAUGCGGAUGCUGAAAAGGUUGACCUCAAGCAUCAGGACAUAGAUGAGAGGAGAAACUCAGAGGAUUGGAUGUUUGAUUAUGCUCUGCAGCGUGCUGUUACCAAACUUUCAUCAGCAAGGAAGAAGAAAGUUGCUCUGCUUGUGGAGGCCUUUGAGACUGUGAAACCUGUUAUGCCACAUGGUAGAAGUUAUGGAAGACACCUUCAGACCUGCAAUUAACAGAGUAUGAAUGAUAUGAUUCUUCCUUAAUCUGUGAGGAGGACUGAGUGCGUGUUUGCUUUGAGACUAAUGUAUGGGACAAUCUUAUGUAUUUGUCUAGUUAUAUGUAAACAAUGCUUCAAUCAAAUGUUGUUGUUGGUUGUUAUAAGACAUUAACUGUUGUUUUCAGCCUCUAA